AUGUGGCUCAUCCGCACUCGCACCGGCGAACUCGAGCAGUUCAAUGGUCCCAACGACGUUGAAGGCGGCUACGCCAUUCUCUCGCACGUCUGGCAGCGGCAAGAAAUGUCCUUUCAGCAGCUCCAGGCGCUCCAGUCCACCACGACCGGCGUCCCGCGCGACUACGCGUCACCAAAGAUUCGCGAGUGCUGCGUCCUCGCCGAGUCGCAUGGAUACGAGUGGCUUUGGAUUGACACCUGCUGCAUCGACCGCACGAGCAGCGCCGAGCUCUCCGAGGCGAUCAACUCUAUGUUCGCCUGGUACGCGCAAGCCCAAGUCUGCUACGCCUAUCUUCACGACGUCCCCUCCCAAUCUAUCUUCCCAUCAUCCACCUCGACGCGUUUCAGCAAGUGGACACCCCAGUUCCGCGACAGCCGUUGGUUCACGCGCGGCUGGACCCUGCAAGAGCUCAUCGCGCCCCGCACAGUGCUCUUCUACUCGAGCGACUGGCAGAUGAUCGGGACCAAGGCAAGCAUGGCCGCUCUCCUCGAGGAGAUCACCGGCGUCGACGCGGACGUGCUCGUGCACCGCCGCCCCGUUGGCGACGUCAGCGUCGCGCGGCGGAUGUGGUGGGCGUCGGGCCGGACGACAACGCGUGUCGAGGACGAGGCGUACUCGCUCAUGGGCCUCUUUGGGGUCCACAUGCCGACCGUCUACGGCGAGGGCCGGCGCGCGUUCCGGCGGCUGCAGGAGGAGAUCCUGACGCAGACCUCGGACCAGACGGUGUUCGCGUGGGGCCACGUCGUCCCGUUCGGCACGCGGUUGUUCCGGGAGCGGCUCGUGUUCAGCAACUACCAUGAAGAAAGCCACAUAUUCGCCCCGUCGCCGGCCGCGUUCUGCAACUCGGCCAACUUUGUGCCCAUCCCGCUGCACCUUGCUGCGUCGCAGGCGUUGAAGGUGCUUGGCAUCCGUGCUUCUGACAAGGUCCUAAUGUCUCCCGAAGAGCAGCAGAGCCUCACAGCCCAGUACCUCCCCGACUUCUCCGUCACAACUCAAGGGAUCCGUUCCCACUUGUUCGUCGUCUCCGGAUACAAAGAGAGCCUCACGCUCGCCAUCGCCGUGCUGGCCUGCCAGGAGGUCUCCUCACCGCCCUUCUCUCCACACUUCGUUCCUUCCCCGAUCGCGCCACUUGGUCUCCUCCUCCGUCGACGACUGCACACUUUGGAACCCGAAUACACUCGCUUCUUCACCGGGACCACCAUCGCGGGAGAAGCGAAGUGGGCGCGCAUGCGGUACCGUCUGGCUCCCGUUUCGCACGCGACAUACAUUCUGGCGGACGCGCACCCCGGAUCGCUCGUCGCGCGCUGGCAGAACGUGUACAUCUCGCACCGGGCGUCGUCGCGCUCGCCGUGGGCGAUGACUGCGUAUGUCGGCUCGCGCACUGGCACGAAAACCAGCCCAGGUGCGGAGGAGGACGAAGUCGACCUGGGCACCACCGCGCGGGACCAGGAGCCGAGGACGACGGCGUUCAAGUUCGUCUUCCCGCGGUGGCUCCACGCCGAGUUCGAGAAGCACGGCUUUGCGCUCCUCCAGCGCCGCGGGCUGCGCGACGCCGUCGACUCGAGCGGGAAGGGCGGCAGCGACCUCCCGUCCGCGACGUGGGAGAGCCUGCCCGUGGCGCCUCAGAGGAUCUCGCCCAUCCGGCCUGACCCCAAGACGAGGUUCCGUGAUUUUGUCUGA